AUGGCAUCAACCAAUGUUACGCUCACCGUGGAGCCGCGGGGGAAACCUAUCCGCAACCUCCCAGCAGAAAUCGAGAUUGCCCUCACUGCCUCCGGGGAAGAGCUCCACACUGCUCUAGCGGAGGCCUCUGCGACUUCGGUGCACCGGUUGAGAAUUACCAAGGGGAGCGACCGCAGCGUGGUCCCCAAUUCGACACGGACCACUAUUCAGGACACUGGUCUCCGGGAGUCGAGUGUGAUCCAUGUCAAAGACCUCGGUCCUCAAAUCGCAUGGCGCACCGUCUUUAUCAUCGAGUACCUCGGCCCACUUGUGAUCCCCGCACUGUUCCUGUUCCCUCUCCGGUCUCUGCUGUACUUCAACCUCGACAAGCCCCUCCACGAGGCCUCCGAGACCCAGCUACUGGUCUGUCUGCUUCUGACUGUGCACUUCCUGAAGCGCGAGUUCGAGACAGUCUUCGUGCACCGAUUCAGCAAUGCCACGAUGCCCGCCCGUAACAUCUUCAAGAACAGCGCUCACUACUGGGCCCUGGCCGGCUUCAACAUCGCCUACUGGGUGUUCCGCCCCGACGCAGCCGCCGCCACCAAGCAGCCCAACAUGGGUCUCGUGUAUGCGGGCCUGGCGCUCUUCGGCUUCGGUGAGCUGUUCAACUUGAACGCGCACCUGAUCCUGCGUGAUCUCCGCCGGCCGGGCACCACCGAGCGCGGCAUCCCGUCUGGGUUUGGGUUCAGCCUAGUCACCUGCCCGAACUAUAUGUUUGAAAUCAUUGCGUGGCUGGGGAUCUUCCUGGUCAGCCAGUUGAGCUGGAGUGUUCUGUUCUUUAUCUUCGUUGGCGGCUUGCAGAUGUGGAGCUGGGCCUGGAAGAAGGAGAUCCGCUACCGCAAGGAGUUUGGGGACAAGUACAAGAGCAAGAAGACUGUCAUACUCGCUGGUCUCUGCUAA